AUGGACUGUUUGAUUGGGCUCAGUGAUAAGACCGAGCUGCUGUCAUCCGAUCGUCCACGAAAAGCAGAGUCCCGGAGAGGCCGAGGAGAUGGUGAUGAAGCUGUGUCUGCAGGAGAAGAGCGGCUCACUCAUCUGAGAGCAGAGGAUAUACCAGGACAGGACCCAGGACAGGACCCAGGACAGGACACAGGACAGGACACAGGACAGAACCCAGGACAGGACCCAGGACAGGACCCAGGACAGGACCCAGGACAGGACCCGGGACAGGACCCGGGACAGGACCCAGGACAGGACCCAGGACAGGACCCAGGACAGGACACAGGACAGGACCCAGGACAGGACCCAGGACAGGACCCAGGACAGGACCCAGGACAGGACCCAGGACAGGACCCGGGACAGGACCCAGGACAGGACCCGGGACAGGACCCGGGACAGGACCCGCGACAGGACCCGGGACAGGACCCGGGACAGGACCCGGGACAGGACCCGGGACAGGACCCGGGACAGGACCCGGGACAGGACCCGGGACAGGACCCGGGACAGGCCCCGGGACAGGACCCGGGACAGGACCCGGGACAGGACCCGGGACAGGACCCGGGACAGGACCCGGGACAGGACCCGGGACAGGACCCGGGACAGGACCCGGGACAGGACCCGGGACAGGGUGCGGGGGACACAGCUGCAGCAACAAAGACUGCUCCCGCCUCACACUGA